AUGCAGCCGCUGCCUGAGAGUCAGAGCUCGGCCCUGGGGCCCCCUGAGCCCACGGUCGCUGAGAUCAAAGCCGUUGUGGUCGGGGAUGGGGGCUGUGGGAAGACAUCUCUGCUGAUGGUCUUUGCUAGAGGGGACUUCCCCAAGGUCUACGUCCCCACAGUGUUCGAGAAGUACACAGCCUCCUUCCGGAUCAGAGGCAAGCCUGCCAAGAUCCACCUGUGGGACACAGCAGGGCAGGAAGACUACGACAGGCUGCGCCCGCUGUCCUACUCAGACACCAACGUUGUCCUCAUAUGCUUCGAUGUCACCAGCCGCAGCAGCUAUGACAACAUCCUAACGAAGUGGUACCCGGAGGUCAACCACUUCUGCAAAGGUGUGCCAGUGCUGCUGGUGGGCUGCAAGAUCGACCUGCGGCAGGGCCACCACGAGUCUGUCACCUUCCAGGAGGGGGAGGCCAUGGCCCGGCAGGUGCAGGCUGCAGCCUACUUGGAGUGCUCAGCGCUGCACCGGGACAAUGUCAGGGAUGUCUUCAUUGAGGCCUGCACCAUCGCGCUCCGUGGCGCCCGUCGGCCCCGCCGCAAGAGGUGGCCCCGCAACGGCUGUGCGCUCUGCUGA